AUACAUCACUAUGACAUGCUUUUGUAAAAAAGGAAAUAAAAUACAUUAUUUUAACGAUCCGCGCGACGAUUCAUCUGUUAUGUUUCAUCCGUAGAUGAAAUUAUAUUAACGGCCAAGAUAACAUCUUACUCAUCACGCGGAUCACUAGUCUCAGCCGUCGAUGAAAACCAUCAUCCUACGGUUAAAAUUGGAUCGCGAAAAGCUUGGCUCCAAUUCUCGCCUCAAUAUAUAAUGCCCCAAAACACAAUUCCACUUCAUCCAUCUUAAACUUUUAAACGUCCUGUUUGGCAGUCAAGAAAAUCUCUGAGAAAAUGUCAGGAAGAGGCAAGGGAGGUAAAGGCUUGGGAAAGGGAGGAGCUAAGAGGCACAGGAAGGUUCUGAGGGAUAACAUCCAGGGAAUCACUAAGCCUGCCAUUCGAAGACUCGCUCGUAGGGGAGGUGUGAAGCGUAUCAGUGGCCUUAUCUAUGAGGAAACCAGAGGAGUCCUCAAGAUCUUCUUGGAAAAUGUUAUUCGUGACGCUGUUACUUACACAGAGCACGCUCGGAGGAAGACGGUCACCGCCAUGGACGUCGUUUAUGCUUUGAAGAGGCAAGGUCGCACCCUUUACGGUUUUGGUGGUUAAUUAAUUCCCAAAACUAUACAUACAAUCAAUCGGUUUCUUUCUAUUAGGGAUUUUAGGUUUUCGUUUUCUUUCUUUCUUUAUUGUUUUUUAGGUUUUGAACAUAGAUUUGUUACCUCGUACGAUCUGAUAUCAAUGUAAUCUGAAUUUGAGGAAAUGAAUCAAAUGUAUCUUGGAUUAUCUUCAAA